AUGUCAGAGACAAGCACCUCCUUGACUUGUGAUUGCUUUCGCCACUCGCCAUUUAUGGAAACCCCCUCCAAUCAACUCCGUGUUUCCCCAGGAUUCGCAAAACGUCUCCUCUCGUUGCUCACAGUGGCGCUGUGUCCGGCGGCGGGUUUUGAGGCGGCUUCGGCAUUGGCCAUGGCCGCCCUGCAGCCGAUCUCCACCCUGAGCACUCCGUAUUCGCAUGCGUCGAGUCUUUCCCAAUCACUGCUUCACUCCUAUCCAGCGGCCGCUCAAUUGCAAGCAUUUUACACCGCAACACAGCAGCGACCGCAUGCCGGAAUAAAGCGUGGACCCGAUCUUCUCUCACCAAAUGCCUCCGUUUUCAACUCAGUCAUGACCAUCGAUCAAGAAGCGAAAAAGGCAAAACUGGAUCCGGGCAGUGCCGCGGCGGCCGUCUUUAGCCAUUUAAUGCCCCAAGGCUUGUCGGCUCAAUUCCUCACCGGCACUCCACUGUCUCAGUUCGAGAUCGCGAUGGCUCCCGUCUCAUCAGCGAUGUCGAUCUCGCAUUUCCCCGGAAAUCUUCCCUCUUCCACCAGUAAUCACCGAAAUGUCGACAGUGGGCCACCACCAAAACCGAGUCGGGUAGUUCAUUUGCGGAAUAUUCCUUCGGAUAUGGUUGACGUUGAGCUGGUCCAUUUUUGCAUGCAAUACGGGAAAAUCAACAACUACAUGUUGCUGAAGGGGAAAAAUCAGGCUUUCGUUGAAUUCGAAGAACAGAUGUGCUCGACGACGAUGUGCGACUCGUUGGCUGCUGUGCCGAUACAGAUUCGUGGCCGUACAAUGUUCGCCCAGUACAGUACUCAUCAAGAGCUUAAAGUCGAGAGCACUCCUCGGAAACGAAACGAGAAUACAAAUGGUGGAACGAAUGGAGAUGAGAUAAAAGACAUUACAAGA